GACCGCGAGCGCCAGAAGCUGGAGGCCCAGGAGAAGAAGAUCAUCGUGGACAUCAAGAAGAUGGCCAAGCAGGGUCAGAUGGACGCGGUGAAGAUCAUGGCGAAGGACCUGGUGAGGACACGGCGCUACGUGAAGAAGUUCAUCACCAUGAGGGCCAACGUCCAGGCCGUGUCCCUCAAGAUCCAGACCCUCAAGUCCAACAACUCCAUGGCCCAGGCCAUGAAGGGUGUCACCAAGGCCAUGGCCACCAUGAACCGACAG